UCCAAAGAGUAAGAACAGGUUCCAAAAUUGGAGCUCAAUAUGACCAAGAAGGCCACCUUAUUCCGGUAACAUUGUUGACACGCUGUGAAAUGUUGUUUCUUGCUGUUUCUGCUUUGGUAAUAACACAAUAUUUCCGAGGUUGAGACAAGGGAGGACGAGGAACAGAUUUUGAAGCUUAGAGAAAUCCUGGAGCUUCUGCUGGCUGCUGGAUACUUUCGAGCCCGAAUCAAAGGAUUGUCCCCUUUCGAUAAGGUGGUUGGGGGGAUGACCUGGUGUAUUACAACAUGUAAUUUCUACAUUGAUGUGGACCUGCUGUUCCAAGAGAAUUCAACCAUUGGCCAGAAAAUAGCACUCACAGAAAAAAUAGUGUCUGUUCUGCCCAAAAUGAAAUGCCCCCAUCGUCUUGAGCCCCACCAGAUUCAGGGACUGGAUUUCAUCCACAUAUUUCCAGUAAUCCAGUGGCUUGUGAAGAUGGCUAUAGAGACCAGAGAGGAAAUGGGAGACUAUGUGCGAGCCUACUCCAUCUGUCAGUUUCAGAAGACCCACGAGUUUCCUGAGGAUGAAGACUUCCGGCAUAGGAAAAACAAGGCUGUCAAGGCAGUACUGGAUGUCACUGAAGUGUACAAGCCCCAGAGGAAGUACAAGAGACAAGCGGAGGCAGGAGAAUUGUUGGAGGAGGAGUCCAAAGUUCACUCCACUCUGUUGGAGUAUGGGAGACGCUAUGGAUUCAGCAAGCAGUCAAAAAAAGACCAGGCAAAUGAGCGGAAGGCUUUAUUGGUUCAGGGCUCUCAGGCCUUGCCGCCAGGGAUGAUGGAGGUGUCGGAGGAUGAGGAUCUGCAGGCGGCAGAGGAGCUGUGCAUCAAAACCCUGAUGACCAACAUGGCUGCCAUGGCAGCUGAAGAGGGGAGGCUAACAGCUAGUGCAGUGGGCCAGAUAGUGUGUCUGCAGUCUGAGGAGAUUAAGCAGAUAGCAUUGGAGUAUGCUGAAAGGCAAUCUGAGCUAUCAGCAGAGGACCAUUCAGAGUGGUUUGGACCUCUGCAACAACACCGCCGCAUGGUGGCCUCUUUGAACAAACAGAUCAUGCAGAAGACCAAACAACUGGAGGAAUUGCAGGCCAAGCAUUUGGAGGUGAAAACCGGAUGUGAAGAGGCCAAGAGCAAGCUAAUGGAGGCUUCAGAGCAUUCAGAAAUACUGGAGAAAGAACUGAGUGCUCUGGAGGAGAUGGAGGCUCAGGCUGACACAGGGCUAUUGGAUAAACUGAAAGCUUUGGUUGCCAUGAAUGAAAAUCUGAAACACCAAGAGCAGGAGUUCCGCACACAUUGUAGAGAGGAGAUGGUUCGUCUGCAGCAGAACAUAGAAAACCUGAAGUUAGAGUCUGGAGACAACACCAAGGAGGAGAAGGAGAGGAGUUUUCAGUUUGACAAGCGGCACAGUGUAGACAAAGAAAAGCUACAGAAGAUUCGUUUAAUGAUGGCACGAAAGAACCGUGAGAUUGCCAUCCUGCAGAGGAAGAUAGAUGAGGUGCCGUGCCGGGCAGAGCUGACUCAGUAUCAGAAAAGAUUCAUUGAGCUGUAUGGUCAAGUUUCAGCCACACACAAAGAGACCAAGCAGUUCUUCACCCUGUACAACACACUGGAUGAUAAGAAGGUUUACCUAGAGAAGGAGGUGAAUUUGCUGAACUCCAUCUAUGACAACUUUCAACAGGCUAUGGCAUCUUCGGGGGCUAAAGAGCAGUUCCUUAGACAGAUGGAACAGAUAGUCGAUGGAAUCAAACAAAACCGCAUUAAGAUGGAAAAGAAGAAGCAGGAGAACAAGAUGAGGAGAGACCAGCUGAAUGAUGAAUACCUGGAGCUGCUCGACAAACAGAGGCUCUACUUCAAAACUGUGAAGGACUUCAAAGAGGAGUGUCGUAAGAAUGAGAUGCUGCUGUCCAAGCUCAGAGCCAAGGGUGCCUCAUAGCCCAGACUGGCUCCAAAACCAAUUCUUGUGUAUACAGACAGAAAUAUGGUAACUGUGUUCAUCUAUUUAUAACAGCCAUAAAUUAUCAGUAGACAUUGAGACUGUUUUCAUUGCCUUGUUCUGAUUAUUGUCUUGAGCCUUUUGGCAUGACUGAUUUCACCUGUGGCAGGGCAAGAGGUCACAAUGUACUGUAUAAGGACUCUGGUCCUACUGACAUCUGGAAUAUUCUAUUGCCUACUGCAUUCACUUGUGCACAGCCCUAGUGGCUUGAACCAUUGAUGUAGCACCUAACAUUGCUACUCCAUCAGUUGACCUUGUGCAAGGCUCUGUCCUGUUAGGAAUGUGAAUUAACCAUAUUAUCAUUUAAUGUAAGUAUCGCAUCAGACACCUUUGUACAAAGAAAGCAUUGGUUUGUGUUACAAAAUGUCAAAUGUACUUGUUAAGAUGAGCAAUGUCAGGUUUAUACAAUUAAUUAAGAUUAAUAUUCCAAUAUAGCAAUGAAUUCACCUCUUUGUGAAAAAUUGUCAUUUGUCUGAUGUAAUUAUGGCAUGCUUAACAAGAAUGUAUUAAAUCAUUAUAAAGUUAUUGUAUUAUUGGUAACUGUUGCCAUUCAUUAAACACUGUACUGAAUUUUA